AAUUAACCUUAUUCUCAACAGGUAGGUCAACAAUGAGUCUAACGGAGCUGCCUACCCAGACAGCACUUGGGACAUUAGGCUACAGUUGCGUGCCAUGCCAGUUUCAUGUCGGUUCCAGGCAUGCUGUCUGUGCAGGCAGGUCACUAUAGUAUACGAGACACAUCCUGUGUCUGUGGAAGGCACUUGAGAUGAGUGUUUCGCUUUUGAGUAAUUGCGCGCAUCAUCACGUAAAAAUUUUUUACGCAAUUUAAUUUUUCCUCCUUUCCGACGCGACAACCCCGGAACCCGGGAGCGUAAUUUCUGCAAAAAAAAAAAAUCACUACCACGAGUAAACGAGUAGAAACACGCAAAUCUCAAUGACAGAAUCGGUGGAGCGGUUGAGCUUGAGGAUGUAUAUCACACUUCAGAUAUGCCUCGAAUGAGUCGCGUGGGAUUAAAACCAGCAAUCUUAAGGAAGUGAACUUCUUGUGUUAUCAUAUAGAGUAUAGGACUUCAUCAAAGUUUCAUAGAGGAAAACAGCUUCAUAGUUUGCUUGGGAAAUGUCAAAUCUCUAUAGUAGUCACCGCAGUCAAGGUCUCAAUCCCACUAUAUCUAACACCUUUCAUCAGCCAGACAUUCUGGGAACCAGGAUUCAGUCAGAUUGAAAAGGGAAACAUAUGUUACUCAAAUCCAUGGCAUGAAUUAGGUUUUUAUAUAUAAGAUGUUUAAGAUGCUUUAAUUGUAUUGCACAGGCUCUGCUCAACAAAGAAAACACCUACGCAGCCUUCAAAGCCAAGCAGAAAGGGCGUAUUGUGAAGCUGAAUUCGUCAUAUGACAUGUUGUGAAGAAUCCAUGGAAUAUUAUUUGGAGACCUCUGUUGAUUAUGAACUUACCUAUACUUGUUGAAUAAGACUCUGCGAACAUGAGGUUAGAAAGAUGAACAUGUCUGAGGAGCAAAUAAACUGCACUAUAAGCCACGAGAUUCACCAGUACCUGUUUUCGGGUGCGUACAUCCUUGUCCUGCUAGUGGGUCUUCCCGCCAAUGCUUUCUCGCUCUACCAUGCCUGGCUGCAACUGAAAGCCCGCAAUGAGCUGGGGGUCUACUUGCUAAACCUGACCAUAUCUGAUCUGCUGUACCUGGCCUCCCUGCCCCUCUGGCUCCAGUACAUCUUCCAAGGGGAUGACUGGAGCGGCUCGGAGUGGCUCUGUCAACUGUGUGGUUUCCUGCUCUACGAGAACAUCUACGUCAGCAUUGGUUUUCUGUGUUGUAUCUCCAUUGACCGUUACCUGGCGGUGGUCUACCCUUUCCGUUUCUCGGCUUUCCGAACGGUACGAGCAGCAGCGCUGGUCAGUACGGUGGUCUGGCUCAAAGAGCUUGCCGUAGGAGUGGUGUUCUUCCGGCACAAGGAGCUCAGCAGGGACAAGCACAACCAAUCUGUGUGCUUUGAGCACUAUCCCAUGAAGACAUGGGAGUACCCAAUAAACUACUACCGCUUUUACAUAGGUUUCCUGUUCCCUUUAGGAAUUCUCUCCGUGUCGUACUUUAGAGUUCUCCGAGCAGUGGGCAAGAGUGCAGGCACGCAGACUGCCCACAAAACUCGCAUCAAGUACCUGGUGACCAGCACCAUCGUCAUCUUCCUGGUUUGCUUCUCACCAUACCACGUCUUCCUGCUGGUACGCACCAUAUUGGAGCGGGACUGCGACUUCAUUGAGAAAAUUUUCAACUACUACCAUUUCUCAUUGUUGCUUACUAGUUUUAACUGUGUGGCCGAUCCGGCACUCUACUGUUUUAUCAGUGAGAGCGCCCAAAAGGACAUCCAGAAGGCUCAGGAAGCUUGCACUCGGGUCUUCUGCUGUUGCUCAAAAAGCCAUGGAAGGUUCAACACGCACCCUACUGAGCUUGCAGUCACCAAUGAUAAUGUUACAGGUACCUCAGUGGUAACACUCUUGCAGCAGGUUAAAACUGAUGUUUAAACAUUUUUGUUGUAUUAGUUAUCUGGACCUCAUACCAUUUAGCCACAGGCUCCUCAGACGUACAGCUGCAUACUGUUUUUCAUUUUGCAUGGGUUAGAACAUUAGCCUACUUUGUCAGAGUCAGUCCUGAAUUUUGUUCUAAAAUUAAACUGCAAUAUUUCAUGGUUUUGGUAAGCUAAAAUGCUACAGUUAUGUGGUGUAAUUCUCAGGGAUUGCUACCUUGAUAAUCACCAGUGGUUGACAUUUGAGGUUUUGAGAACCGAUGAGCUAAACUUUUUCUGUACUGUUCCAAGUCCCUUUAGCUACAUGUGCCGUGUCCAAGACUAAAACCAAUUCUGCUUUCAAACCUAAUUGGUUUUAGUUCCUUUAAUACUGUACUUCACCCAAAAAUCACAAUUUCGUCAUCAUUUACUCACCCUAACGCCUAUGGCCUGUUGUUAUCAUUGCAAAUCUCUUUUUGCAGAUGCAAACUUUGCAUGUCAGAUUUAGGCACAAUACAACUUGAUAAAAAUGUUAUGCAUGCUUAAUUUGAUUUGCAGGGAAAGGAAAAUUAUCAUUAAAUGUUUGGCUUUAGAAGUUUCAUGGACCAACGUGAUGAUACUUUUAUGGUGCUUUUAUAUUCUUUUUGGUGUUUAACAGUUCCUGCUUAACAUAUGCUCUUAUUUUAUAAAAAAUAAAUGAACAGCAGAAAGUCGUUCAGGUUUGGAACAUCACGAAGGUGGGUAAACGAUGACAGAAUUUUCAUUUUGGGGUGAACCUUUCCUCUAAGGAAACAAUAGCAAUGAAGCUGUAUAUUUGUUGCCUACUCACCUUUUACAUGGUUAGACAUGGAGCACACAGACAGUUAACAAGCAUAAAAAGGUACGCAGUGUGGGUGUGAAGGGUCAACCACCUCCAAACAGACCAUUUUAACCUGGAAAGCUUCCCACGGUCAUUUCAUAUCCUGGGAAAAUAGAUGAGGAAGAAGUGAUUGAUGGUUGCUUCCAGAAAUCAUGGAUUUUCUGUUUGCUCAAACUGCUGAAGUAAAUAAAGGUGAUGAGUGUUUGGUGCAGUGUUUACAUUUUUAUGAUGGAAGUGAUCACAGCUAAUACAAGGAGUUUAAAUGAAUGACCUGAACUGAAAGAACAGACAUGUGGAAGUGUUCUCUUUUUCCUGCUCAUUCAAACCAUGUUUACAAUGAAUAAUCAACAUGCAUGCAGAUUGUAUGUAGGCUAUAUGUAACUAAAUCAAGAAUAAUGUUUUUAGGUUAUUUCAUUGAUUUUAUAUAGUGACUGCAGUUCAGGUUCAUAUAUGGGACUUUUUAUUACUGGUUGUACACUCUGUUGUUGCACAAAGCACUGGCAAUGAUUGUAUUGUUGCACAGUACAUGGAGACAGAAAUUGUGCUGUGAUGUAUUGCAGGGGUGUAAAAAGUACUGAGAAAUUAAUUUUGAUUAUAGGUCAUGUGUUAUCUAGUCAGAUUUUUGUAAGAUAGUAUGUUCUCUCAAAAUACUGAAAAUGAUAGGUAAAGAAAAGCCUUGCUGCAAAUAUAUGAAAUAUGUGAUAAAUAUGAUUAAAUCUGUGUUGCACUUCCUCUCUCUCUACUAGCCACUUCUGGCUUUCUUGUCUGCAUCCUUUGUGCAUUAAAAUGAUCUAAUUUAUCAAAUUAUUAAUAAUAAUAUUAUCUUUUAUAAUAUUAUUAAAGACUAAAACUUGUCCCAUAUGAAUAAUAAAAAUAGAUCUGAUUAAUUAGUAUAAAGUCAUAUUCCCAGUAAAAAACAUAUCCAGCACCAUUUUAAAAGAAAUUGAGAGAUUGGCCUAUUUAUUUUAUUUUCAUGCUUGUUAAUCCGGUCCCAGAGAAAUGUUUAAUACUUUCAGGUGUAACCAGAGCCAGACUAAUUAAAAGUCUGCUGUUUAUUUGACUUUAUGAUUAAGGGUUUUGGGAUGGUCUCCUCCAGUGUUGAUUUUGGUUGAACCUUGGAAGAGAGAAAGACACUUAACUCUAAAAAGGUCAGUGAUAAUAUACAAAUUUCCAAAUGACAUGAAUGUAUUAUGUAACAUGGAUCUGAACUAAAACAGCUGCCUGUAUUCUCCGAUACACGCGAGUUGUGUAAUACCAUGGUAUUUUAUUUUUUAUUUCCUUGGAGUACAACAUGAAUAUUAUGGUAUAAAUAUAAUGUAAGUACCUAAAAUCACAAGAACCAUAAUUAAAUAUUUGGUUACAUUCUUUGGUGGUACUUUAUUAAAUUUAAUCAGAACUGCGCUACCUACAGAACUUGGACCUUUCUAUCGCCUUCUGUGGUUAGAAAUAAAAUUGCAUGUCACUGUAUGGAUGCAUCACAUUACAAAGCAUACGGAUAGUAGCAAGAAUGUUUGAAGUAUAUCAGAUAAAAAGUCACGUGAACAAGCCUACUGCAUCAUAUCCGUUGUGGGUUCUUAUUUUGUUUUGAUGGGGCUUGUCACUUUACCUCAUCUCUGCAGUUCAGUAUUGGCAAAUGGGUGGUUCUUCACAGAUUUGCCGUGUUACAGGCUAUGUUUAAUGACAGCUAGCACACCAGACAAAAUCUACAAAACAGUACGCCACACAAGAUCCAGUUGCCGCCAAGCCGGAUACUCACGGACAUGACGUACCCUGGUUCCCGCGAAAUCUGACCCGACAGCGUAAAAUGCGAAUCAUUAUAGGCUAAUAUU